CCGCUUCCCAGCUGGUGAAGGUGCAACUUGUAUCCUCGGUCGUCCCGAAUCCGGGUUCAUCCGACACCGACACCGGCCGCAGUGAAGCGCAGCCCCCCCGCCCGCCGCAGGCAUGCCGCCCAAGUUCGAUCCCACCGAGAUUAAAGUUGUGAUCCUGAGAUGCACAGGCGGAGAGGUAGGAGCUACCUCUGCUUUGGCCCCUAAAAUCGGACCUCUGGGCUUGUCUCCCAAAAAAGUUGGUGAUGACAUUGCCAAGGCUACCGGUGACUGGAAGGGGUUGAGGAUCACCGUCAAGCUGACCAUCCAGAACAGACAGGCUCAGAUCGAGGUUGUGCCAUCUGCGUCUGCGCUGAUCAUCAAGGCCCUGAAGGAGCCUCCUCGCGACAGGAAGAAGCAGAAGAACAUCAAACACAACGGCAACAUCACCAUGGAUGAGAUCAUCAGCAUCGCUCGUCAGAUGAGGCACCGCUCCCUGGCUAGGGAACUCUCAGGGACGAUUAAGGAGAUCUUGGGCACAGCUCACUCAGUUGGCUGUAAUGUUGACGGCAGACACCCACAUGAUAUCAUCGACGAUAUUAACAGUGGUGCAGUUGAAUGCCCAGCAAGCUAAACCUGCUAUGAAGAGAACUAAAAUAUACAAUAAAAGUUGAAUUGACAGAA